AUGUCCCUGAAGAUCAGUGUCGAGAUAUUCGGUUCCGUGAUGGCAGAAUUUGGCUUCAUUGGAGAUGAAAGUCCCGAGUUUAUGCUUCAAUUCAGGUCCGUGGAAACAGCGGAUCCAACGGCGGAGGGGAUGAAUAGGAGGAGGGAGACGACAAUGGUGGGGGACCCUUGGCUCAUCGCCAUUGAGGAUCUAUUUGACGCGGUUCUCGAGGCUAAGGAGGAGGUCGAGGUUGCGGUGGCCGAUGUCUGCGUCAAUGGCGACGACAAAGAAGCCGAGGCGCGCGAGGGAGAGGCCAAUUUGGGCAGUGGUGCUGGUCUUGCCGCCUUUGCCGGAGGUGAUGAACUCGACGCGGGGGGGUCUCGUCGGAGAGCUGCAGCUUACAAUUGUGCUGGAGGGCUCGGAUGGGGCGGCGGCUAG